UACAUUCCCUAUGCUUUCCCAUACUAACCGCCUAUUCACAUUCUGUUGUCCUCUCCCUCUCUUGGACGCAAAUGGCUCACCUCAGAUUACCCCUCCGACGACGUCGUUUCAAACCCACGCCUAUUCUUCUUCUACUACAACGUCCUCUCUGAAACUCCCAUCUACCUUCUGUUUCCAGCUCUUAUACUCAAUUGGGUCUCUCCACUUCCCACAGAAAAUGUCGUUUUUCUUCGGCAUUGUUAUCGGCAUCGCCUGCGGCAUUGCGGUUGUUGUCGUUUUCGCUCGUUUGGCCAAUCUCCGAUCCAAGUCUCGAUGCGACUUGGCGACAACUGUGGCUGCGUUCGCGAGAAUGACAGUUCAAGAUUCCAGGAAAAUUCUUCCUCCCCAGUUCUACCCAUCUUGGGUCGUCUUUUCUCAGCAACAGAAGUUAACUUGGCUGAAUUCUCAUCUUAGAAAGAUAUGGCCAUAUGUUGAUGAGGCAGCUUCUGAAUUGAUAAGGAGUAAUGUGGAGCCGAUUCUUGAACAAUAUAGGCCCGUUAUCUUGUCAGCUCUCAAGUUUUCGAAAUUGACACUGGGGACUGUGGCUCCCCAAUUUACAGGAGUUUCUAUCCUUGAAGGUGAAGCAGGGGAAGUUUCUAUGGAGUUGGAAAUGCAGUGGGAUGGAAACCCAAAUAUUGUACUUGAUAUUAAGACGAGAGUGGGUGUGGGACUACCUGUACAGGUAAAAAACAUUGGAUUCACUGGGGUUUUCCGGUUAAUUUUCAAACCAAUGGUUGAAGAGUUUCCGUGUUUUGGAGCUGUUUGUUAUUCCUUGAGAGAAAAGAAAAACCUGGAUUUUAAACUUAAAGUUGUUGGUGGUGAUAUAACAGCACUCCCAGGGAUUUCUGAUGCUAUUGAGGAAACAAUACUAGAUGCUAUUGAAGAUUCUAUAACAUGGCCUGUUCGAAAAAUUGUCCCCAUAAUACCUGGAGAUUACAGUGACCUGGAGUUGAAGCCUGUUGGAACAUUAGAGGUGAAGCUUGUGCAAGCCAGGGACUUAACAAAUAAAGACCUGAUUGGGAAAUCUGAUCCCUAUGCUGUGCUAUUUGUUCGUCCAAUACGUGACAGAAUGAAAACAAGCAAAACAAUAAAUAACGAACUGAAUCCAAUUUGGAAUGAGCAUUUCGAGUUCAUAGUAGAAGAUGCAUCGACCCAACACUUGACAGUAAGAAUUUUUGAUGAUGAAGGUGUUCAAGCUUCUGAACUCAUUGGUUGUGCUCAAGUGCGGUUAAAGGACCUUGAGCCUGGUAAGGUGAAGGAUGUCUGGUUGAAACUGGUCAAAGAUUUGGAUGUCCAAAGAGAUAAGAAAUACAGGGGGGAGGUCCGCUUGGAGCUAUUGUACUGUCCUUUUGGCAUGGAGAGUGUAUUUACAAAUCCAUUCAGGCCCAAUUUAUUGACCUCCUUAGAGAAAGUCCUUAAAGCAGAUGGAACAGAGGCUGAUGAUAUUAAAAAAUCACACUCGCUCAAGAAAAGGGAUAUUAUUGUGAGGGGAGUCCUCUCUGUGACAGUAAUAUCUGCAGAAAACUUACCAGUUGUAGACCUAAUAGGAAAGGCCGAUCCCUAUGUCGAGCUUACAAUGAAGAAAUCCAAUACAAAACACAGAACUAGGGUUGUAAAUAACAGCCUGAAUCCAAUUUGGAAUCAAACAUUUGACUUUGUUGUGGAAGAUGGGUUACAUGAUAUGUUAAUUCUGGAUGUCUGGGAUCAUGACACUUUUGGGAAGGAUAAAAUUGGGAGAUGCAUCUUCACGCUCACUAGAGUCAUAUUAGAAGGGGAGUUCAGAGAUAACUUUCCUCUCGAAGGGGCUAAGUCAGGAAGCCUGAAUUUACAUCUCAAGUGGAGCCCCCAGCCAAUAUUCCGGGAUACUUGAUUGAUGAGAGUUAUGGAAGUGUUCUUAUCAGAGUAUGAAUGAAAUUUUCAGGGCACCAGAACAAGAUACAGAUACCCAAAGACCCACCUGUAAAGAAAAUUGAAACCUCCCCCACCACACCCCCCCUCCCAAAAAAAAAUGUAUUCUUCUGCCUUGCUUCUGCAUCGAACCUGGAUCUGGUUGUUUUCCUGUGUUAAAGCCAGAAGAACAGAGAGAUUAGAGUUGAAGUUGUUCAAAAUAAGACCUGCAAAUAGCUAAAUAACGAUACUUAUGCUGUUGUAGAUAUGGAAGAGAGAUUGGAUAGAUUGAGAUGUGGAGGGAGAUGUUUCUAUAUUGUAUUGGAUGAUUGAGCUCAUGUAUGCUCUUCCAAAUAAUUCCCCCCACCCCCUUUGAGUAUACUUUAUUUUUGGU